CAGUGGCUCCUCCCACACAAGUGUGAAACGACAUAACUUUUCAAGGUCCCGCCUACGAUGUAAGAAAUGUAAGAAAAAAAGGUAAACAGCUUGUAAGCUCUUGCUUAUCUCCUUCGAUGCAGGCGUGUGUGACGGUGUUGCGCAGUCCAUGGGGGGCUAUCUUAUGGUAACGCUGUGGACAACCACAGACGACAGACGUAACCAGGGGAAUAAAGGCACUAAAUUAUACACCCCAAAAAAAUGCAAUUCAAUUUUCGUUCAAACAGAUGAUCAAAAAAUGACAAAUGUCAGCCUAGCAAGGGUGUUGGCGUUUUGUUUUCUCCUCUGCAUCUCCAAAGACUCAAUUGCGGAGGUCUCAAAGGAACUUGAAGUGAAAGUGAACAUGUUGCUUCAGUAUGAGAAAAAUGAUCCUAAAUGUUUCCUGAAUGGGACAGUUCAAAUCUUUUGCUUUUGGGAAGAGAGGGAUGAGGACAAUGGGACCGCAGAUCAGUAUACAUUCAGAUAUACAUACCCAUACUGUGGCGCUGCAGUCUGUCCUGUUACAGUCUUCUCUAUUGGUGGCGGGAGGACAUUCUAUUCUUGUGAUAAUUUUCAAGCUACACUAUACGUUCCACUCUCCAUAGAAGUGCUGCGUGGUGAGCAACUAAUCCACAACCGCACUGUCUUCAAUGAUCACAUCAUCUUACUAGAUCCUCCAGGCAACCUGACACUGAGAACAACAGCAAAGCCAGGCCAGCUGAAGGUGAACUGGGUGCAACCAGUCUUCAUUGAUGGAGACCUGCAGUACGAGAUUAGCUAUGCUGUUAGAGGAAGCCAGAUGGGAAAGCGUGACGUGGUGCGCAGCAAAACAGACCUGCUCCUCCAAAACCUGCUGCCAGGUGCCAAUUACUCGGUGAGGGCCCGCGCUCGGCCUCAGAGCUCAGGCUUCAAUGGCUGGUGGAGUGCCUGGUCAGAUCCAGUGACGAUUAGGAUACCCAAUGAGACGGACCCCCUAAUAUUAUCAAUGAGCCUCAUAAUCUCCUUCAUCUUCCUUCUGCUCUCUUUGACCAUCUUCUUGAACCAUCGCAAGUUCCUUUCAAAGGUCUUGUGGCCCACCAUUCCAAGCCCUGAAAGCAAAUUCCCUGAUCUCUUUACUGUCUACAAAGGGGAUUUCCAGGAAUGGAUGAACCAAAGCACUGGCAGUAUGAGGUGGAUCCCAAUCCACUACUACAUGGAGGAGCCUGUGGCUCCGCUGGAGGUGCUCUCGGAGGUCACCGUCAGACCGACCCCGGCUAGUCGCGUUUCACCUCCCAAGGACACUCAGGGCGCAGAGGCUGAUGGAGCCAGGCGACUGGAGGUGGGCGAGCAUGAGGUGAAGAGAGACUCUCCGCACAGGUGGGCUGAGCUGCAGCAUGAGGCUUGGAUGCUGGAGCACCUUCGGAACCUGCAUCAACACCCGGCCCCCCUCUCCCAGUCCUCUCUCCUGGAGUCCCAGGACGCCUACGUCUCCCUCAACAACUCGCAGAAGCCCGAGGAAGAAGAGGAGACGCCAGGAAAGGAAGGGGGUGGCCUGGAGGACAUCCUGGAGGAGUCCAUACCUCUGCAGACUCUAUUCGCAGGGACAGGAACCAGGUCGUCCACAUCUCACUCUGACCUGGGCUCCAUGCAGCAGAGCUCCGGCUCGGGCCGACUGUCUGCACAGUCCAGCUUGGAGUACCCCAACCAGACCUGGCCGCCACACGGCCCCAGCUACACCUACAUGGCCGUGGCUGACUCAGGAGUGUCCAUGGACUACAGCCCCAUGAGCUCCAGCCAGAUCGCGGAUGCAGAGCGGAAACACAAGCCCAGGGUCAUCUACACCAACGAGUAUAAAAACGAGCUGCCCCUCCACAAACACUGGCCACUUAUGGGGGCCAAUGGGCUCCUGAGGGCUGACCUCAUGGACUCUGCAGCUUCGAAACACCAAACAUAAGCUUUCAGGGAAGGGCAGAAGUGGAUUUCCACUAAAAGAAGAGGACAUUAUGAGCUUUUUUUCUGUUGAUGUGCACCUGCCAUAUGCACCUGUCUUCAGCUUCUAGUAUUGAAGCUGAAGCGGACACACAAACAACAGAUGAAGUCUUUGACAAUAGAUAAAAAAGCAGAGGAAUCAAAAACUGGGUGAAGGCAGAGGAAUCAAUAACUGGGUGUCCAUUCAGCUCAUUUGCUUAUGUGCACAAUUCAGUUAAAGAAAAUGUGCAUCUGUAUGCAUCCAAUCCACCAAACUUAGUCACAUUAUUACUUGUACAAAUCGAGCGUUUAUCCACUCACUUUUGUGUAUCAAAUGUCUAUUCGCAUGAAAAGAUCUUAAGCAAAUUUCGAGUGCUUCCAAUCAGAACUACUUCUUUGAAUGGUCAAAAUGUGCAUUAAAAAGUUUAAUGGAAACCCAGCUAUUGAAAUAAUGAAUUUUGCCAUAAUGUGAAUGUGCCAUUUUGGCAUAGUGUGAGAGCUGCUCAUGCAGCUAUUACUGUGAUCAUGAAUUUAGUCAUUAUUAUUUAAUAACCAUGUAAAUGUCAAUGUCAAAUGUUGUUAAUGUUGUUUUAGGCAUAAUUUUUUUUCUUUAUUUCAUCAUUUUUUAAUAACUUCAUGUACUUUUUUGUUGUCAUUGUUAAAAUUGUCAGUGUUCUUUAUAAUACAAUUACACACAUCAGACAAAUAAGCAUUACUGUAGGAUGUGGAAUAAGAGAAGAGAGUUGAUAUCAGACUUUUCUCUGACACUUAUCUCCAGCUUGCAGACAGGUUGAGUAUAUUCACUCUAUAAAGUCACUGGGUAUCCCAUUUUUGUGGCCCGAUUUCUCAUGGGUUGUUUUUACAAACUGUUAAUAUAUUUGUUAUGAGAACACAAUAAAAAUGUCUGCUUUUGCUAUUAAUUAAUGUAAAGCUUUUCAGCAUCACUUAUAAGUGACUUAUUUUUAAUAAGCAGCAGUGUGAUUAUAAUUGUUUGUAAUUGUAAUUCAUCAUAAAACAGCCCAGACUAUAGUUUCAUAAAAAUUGCACAGAAUACCUAUAUCUGUAAUGUUGUUUUCAAAGACAUUUAUUUGCCUUGACCCUGGAGACAUUCAAAAAUAUUUCAAGGCAUUCUCUCAGUAGCCAAUAGCUAGCAAGUAUCUCCAGAGGAUGCCAGUUUGAAUUUUGCAAAUUUGCAGUAAAAACUGUGUUUAUUUUGUCAAGAUUUUUUUACCUUGUUGUGUCAUGUGAUAUUUCAUUCAAUAUAUUUGUAUGUAAUUUUGUUUCAUAUCCAGAAAUACACUAUAUGAAUAACUCUGUAAGUAGCUCUGCCUUCUCUUUUUUCUUGAGGGCCAGACCAAAGCUUUCAGUUAGUUAACCUCCUUCAUGUUCACCUUCAUGUAGACUUGUGAUCUAAGACAUGUCUCUUGUGACUGUUGUAUUGAAUAACACAAAACAUGUAAAUAUAAAUAUCAAUUUAUAAACAAAUAUCAUAGUACCACACACUGCAAGUAAAACGAAACAGGACUAUGAUCAACAGAAUGUUUGUGAAUUCUCUUGUCAGUUUUUUUGGUAAUUUUAUCACAUGGAAUUAUUGUACUUUCUAUAAAUAUGUACUUUUCUUACAUUCUAACAUUUUAAUUUGUUUUAAAACUGUUUCAAAGAAUGAUAUUUGUGUAAAUAACUUAUUAUUCUAUACAGACAAAGACUGUCAGAUGUAAACACACUGAACCAUUUUUAUACUUACAAUACAUAAACUUCAUCCCAAUUAA